UAGAUCUGAGUUAAUGGUUAUAAAUAAAUCAUGAUUUGUUUUUUUAAAAAGGAAGCAUUGGAAAAUAAGUGGAAGUUAUGGUUAUAAAGAAAUCAUGAUUUGUUUUUUUUUUAAAGGAAGCAUUGGCAAAUAAGUGGAAACAUCUAUAUUCAAUUGGAAAUCGCGUUAGGAAAAAGAUGGAUAUGAAGUUCCUGUGGUGUAUUGUACUUCUCUGUCUAAUGACAGCUGCUGUAGCAGAUUUUGUGGACUCCGAUGCGACAUGUAUCAUCCUCAAUGGUCAGUGUGAGACUCGGUGCACGUGCAAUGAAGGGUACACGCACAUGGACGAGCAAUGUUUUGCCAAAGUUGGAACUGAUUGUACAACGAAUGCCGACUGUGUCCCCGAUGCUUCAUGCACUGGUUCUACAGGUUCCCAAACGUGCCAGUGUUGGAAUUCCUUGGUUACCAGCUUUAAUGAUACCGAAUGCAGAGUAAAAGUGGACAAAGAAUGUAACAGCUCAAUGGAAAAUGUUUGCAUUGCCAACGCGGAGUGCAAGUGGGUGGUUGGAAAUGACACGGUCUGCAAGUGCCGGAAUAAAUAUUCCAUGUACAAGAAUAAUUCCCAAUGUUCAGGAGACGUAGGAGCUGAGUGUGAGGAUUCCAGUGAUUGCACGGUACACAGUGAGUGUAGAGCAGGGACAUGUGUCUGCAUGGACAAGUACAUGUCUUCUUCUGACAACAAGACAUGCCAUGGUUAUGUUGGAGCAGAGUGUAAUGACAUCAGUCAGUGCAUUGAACAUGCGGAAUGUAGCGGUGGGAAAUGUAAAUGUGCCAACGACUAUAAAGGGGACAAAAUUUGUCAAAAGAAAGACUGGAAACUUAUAAUUAUUGGGAGUUCUUUCGGAGGAAUUGUUUUUAUUGGAACAAGUGGUCUGUGUGUCUGCUGUUGUUGCCGCCGUACUAAGAAAUAGGCUAUCAUUAGUUUGUAAUGAAUUUAGAACAAUGGAAAGAAUAUUAAAGACAAAGAAAAGCAGACUGUGGCCCAAUACCAAUAUUGUUUUAUUUUGAUGUACAUUUGUGUAAAUUGCUAUUUAAAAACAUAAACCCCUUCACAAACAAAAAUGUUAUCUGUUUAUAUUCUUGUAUUUCUUUGUGAUUAUUGCAUUAAACAAAAUGCAUAUCCCUUUA